CCAUCGACAUAGUUUGUAAAAUUUCUGUGGGUUUCUUUUUCUUUCUAUUUAUUUCUUAACGAUUGUUUAAAUUUCAUGUUUCGGAAAUCUGCCCAUACUUCGUUAUCACUUACUAGCUAAACUGAGUCACAACUAAUGCGAAAAAUUAUUGAAUGUUUGCAAAUAUUCAAAUUUUCUAUAAGAAAUUCUAGAAAUUAAUUCGAUUUAGUAGUUUAUCCCUAACGAAUAUUUUGAUUGUAGGUCAUUCUGCAUUUGGAAUCGAUACAGAUAUGCAGAACGAUAUUGCUAAUCCAUUUAUUAUCAAAUCGGCUCGUUUCUUUGAAGUUCAUCCUGAGAGAAUAUUUCUCGCCAAAUUAAGUUAUGUAAUGCCAUGGCUCACUCCAAUUCUUACUUUAAUCGUUCAUAGUAUAAUAACUCUAUGCAAUGUAUUACGAUAUCUGGCACCUUCUCUCAUGAGUCAAUUCGAAGAAAUUCCUGGAAUGUGGAUAAUCAAUCAAGUAAAAAAUAUCAUUGAAGCGAGAACAAUCAAGAUCAAAUUAGAAGAAAAUAAUAAACAGCAUCGAAUCGAUCUCUUACAACUUAUGCUUGAUGCAGUCACAUUCAAUGAAGUUAAAGAUAAAAGUGAUGAAAAUCUUAUGUCGAAACGACUUCAUCAAGAUGAAGUGGCCAGUAAUGUAUUUUUCUUUAUGAUUGCGGGUUUUGAAACAACUUCGACUACACUUGCUUCUUGCACAUAUAUUUUGGCGACAAGAUUCGACAUACAAACGAAACUUCAAACAGAAAUCGACAAGCUCUAUGCAGAACACAAUGGAGAACUCGAUUAUAAUCGUAUCAAUAAUAUGACUUACAUGGAUUUGUUCAUUCGAGAAGUUUUACGUAUGUUUCCGAUUGCUCUUCAAGCUGUAUCGAGAGAAUGCAACAUGGAAACAACUGUCUGCAAUUAUAAAAUUGAAAAAGGAGAUGUCAUUCAACCGGAUGUUCUCACAUUACAUUAUGAUCCUCAAUUAUGGGGUCCUGAUGAUCCUUACUUAUUCGUACCUGAGCGACACUUGACUCGGCGACAUCCAAUGGCAUUUAUGGCUUUUGGUCAAGGUCCAAGAAAUUGUGUUGGAAUGCGAUUUGCUCUAAUGGAACUCAAACUGUGUCUAGCCCGUCUUCUUCGUCAAUAUUCAAUUCUUCCUGGAAAACGAAUCGAACAAGGUUUUGUUCUUCGAGAGAUAUUAGUAAUUCAACCCGAUGCUGUCUAUAUCAAGCUUGAAAAACGAAGCUAA